UAAAAAUGUGAAGUUAUUUUUAACAUAAAGACCAAGGUUGUAGAAAUAUUACAGUACGAUAAUCCAAACAACUGUAAUGAAGAUAACACGCCGCGGAUUGUGAAAAAUUAAAAAAAAUUAUGAACGAGGUUGCUUGACUGCGUGUCACGUUUGUUCUUUGGCGGAAUAAUAAAACGCGUUAGUUUAUUUUGUUCUUCCUUAGUGUAUUGUUUGUAUUGUCAGAAGUGCAUUUUGUAAAAUAUAAGUGGUUAGUGAAAAGUUUGUGAAUAGGUGGUUAUUGUGUUUUGUGUAAAUUAACUUUCGUAGGUACUGUGCGACCGUGAAGGUUGAGAAUGUUACGUCAUUUUAACACUGGUGGUGUCUGAUAUGAACAUAUUUGUUUUUUCAAGAACUGUACCAAGAGUGGAUUUACAACAAGUAAAUCUGCAUUAAGCGAAAAUUUAUAUUUGCGUGGCGUACGGAUAAAAAUAAGAAAUAGCCACGGAGCGUCAGGAUACGGCGCUGAAUGGCGCCUAUCGUAUCCAUGCCACAUUUAUGCAAGUCCUACCUGGUGAAAAUGCAAGAAUUGAAUCCUGUGACCUCCAACUGGGAGACACAUGGAGGGGGAUGCAGGGCAAGAUGAGCGUGACCGCGCCGGGUAAGAAGAUAAGAAAAAAGUCAUCAGACAAUAAAUCUCAACAAAACAAGUGCGACAAUGAAAAGCGACGCCGAGAGCACGAAAACGAAGUGAUAAAUCAGCUAGAGGAACUCCUUGGUACUUGUUUAGCUGAGGUAAAGCAGCCCGACAAGAACGGAAUAGUCCGCGAGGCUACCCGGCUUAUCGAGGACGUUCUAGAACAACGGAGGGCCUGUCCCGGCGAGUGCCCUCUGAGUUUGGAUGGGUACGUCUCGCCCUUGCAAGGAGGCGAAGUAAGCUCCACCGAGUCACAGGCACCAACAUCUGACUUCCAGUAUUCCGAACUUAGCACUCUUAUUGAGGCAAUUAAGCAUUACACGAACGUCCUGGGUUUAAUAUUAAUGGAAAUUAACUCGAAAGGUGAAAUUGAGUGUGUGUCUGAGAACAUAAAAGAUCUGGUACUAGCGGAGAGAACAGAGUUAUAUAAGAAAUCCAUAUUCUCCCUCCUGCAUGCCGAUGAUCAUGCGAAGAUAAAACCCCUGCUGAGGAAUAUACAAAACUUCGCAUGGAGUUCAGGAGAAUCUGACAAGUUUCAGUAUCUCCAAGCACGUCUUCUUAUAAAGGACUCAAAUGCGGCUGAUGGUCCCAGGUUUGUGGAUACUGUGAUCCACGCUGCGCCAGUACGCGGCUCGUCCACGGAGGAGGCCGGCUCCGUCAUGUGCGUCAUUCGGCGCUGUGAGUCGGCCGCUAUCUCCAACGACGGCGGACCCACCAUCGUUUUCCGACUGGACUGCAAUUUUAACAUCUUAUAUUGCGACUUGACCGGAGUGGAAAACUGUAUAAACUCUUCCCCUGCCUCUCUUGUGGGAACUCAUUACUUAGAUAUCGUUGAAAGUAGUGACCGUGCACGCGUGUCAUCGCAUCUCCAGGAAGUCGUCAGUCGGGUCGGCCUGCUAGUCGUCAGCGAUCCAUACCGAUUGCGCAUUGCGAACGAAACUCCUCGUAUCCGAGUAACCGCCCAGUCGCGGUUCUUCCCAACGGUCGGCGAGCCGGACUUCAUCAUGUCCACGAACACCGUGCUCAGUGACGACGACGUGGAUCUUCUGGAGGCGGGAGUUUCUCGGCCUUCACACGGAGGCCCCCUCAUGACGUCCGUCGCCAACGGCGAGUCUUCUGGAUCCGAGCCGCGUUACCGCUCCCCGGUAGGUAGCCCCGUCGCCGAGCAGCAGUUCUCUAUAAAUGUGUUCGAUCUCGACGAACCCUGGGCCCCAUCAUUUCCGAUGGGCGAGAUGGCUGUCGACGAGACGAAGGAGCGUAAAGAGGGCGGCGCUGACGAGACCGCGUCGCUAGCUUCGCCCGCGGACGCACAGCCGCCAACGCCCGCUCAUGAGGAGCCCAAUCGCCUCAGGACGCUUCUCAGCAAGAAGACAGGGCCCAACGCCGCGGACGCCAAUUCGAAUAACCGCAUCUUGAAAGACCUGCUAAAGCAAGAGGACGAGGAGGCGACGGGCAGCGAGACGUCGGCGCCGCACACUCCGCUCACGCCACACACGCCGCACACGCCACACACGCCCCACACGCCCCUCACGCCCGGCUCGGCGCUGUCCCCCCUCUACUCGGCGCAGGCGCAUGCGCGCCCCGUUCCGCAUCACAACAAUCAACUGCUCAGGAUAUUAAAUGAUAAAUCUGAUGAGGAUGGAGAAGAGAGUAGAAGGAAUUCGACCGACAGCGGCCGUGGGUCUUCGCAGACCAGCGUGCUGUCACAGCUUCUGUCAAAUACCAACAGCCCGUCCAGUAAUGGUCGGUCGCAAGAGGGUGGAGACAUGUACAUGGAUAGAAUUGCUGGCAUGAAACGAAAAUUUGAAGAAUCCAAAGCGUCACCAAAUAACACAAAGAGAGCUACACCUGAAAAUCAGCAGGUGUCAUCUAGUGCUGCGAGCGCCAGUACGGCGACUUCCAUAGCGACGUCGAGUAUCAACAGCGCGGCCACCAGUAGCGGCAUGAGCCAACUGUGCCAGAAGAACCAAAUACUGGUGUCAUUGCUGGCGCGGCAACAGACCACGCCGCCAACGCCAUUGCCACUGCCCAACCCCAUCAUGCGGUACCCGACCCGCGCGCGGCCGCCGCAACCACAACCGCAACUCCCUCAGUCGCAUCCGCACCACCAGCUCCAACAGCUGCGCUCCUUUCAUCACGCGCUUGCUAAUAUCAGUAAUCGGGGGAGCAAUGUGAACGGCGGCGCUGGGCCUGUUUCCUCAGCGUCGAGCGUGGAGUGUACACCCAUGCAAACGUCGCAGGCGGGGCUCGGGGCGCAGAGCCACCUUCAAAUGGUACUGCAAGGUGGUUCACGAGCGACCUACAACCCUGCUUCGGCGCCGCCGCUUUAUGCCACAGCUAGUACCCACCAUUCCUACAAUCAGAGCGGCAACCCGAGGACGCAGGGUGGGUCGGGAGACAGCGAGGUGCCCAGUGAUCAGGCCUUAUCCGACAUCCUGGACGAAGUGAUCGAGAAUAUGCCCUAUGCAGACCGAUCCGCUCCCGAAGUCAGUGUUCUUAUGGAUCUGGAGAGCCAUCGACAGUUAUUACGCACAGACGUCGGCGCGAAAGAGAAGAAUGAUGUGAUAAAUGCUAUAACACAAAGCCUAAUGCAGUGUGAAACUGCAACCAAAAGUCCAGUGGCUUCAAGUCCGGGCGCGCCACCAGUGUAUCCAGUUCAAAGUCUAGGAACGUGUACGAUGAGUGGUGGCAAUGUUGGCGGGGCGCUGUACAGCAUGGUGGCCCGAAGCGAUCAAGACCCGGUACGUGCGCGGGCUAUCUCGGAACAAAGGGCGCGUUUACUCCAGAUGCAACGCUUACAACAGCUGCACGUAUCUCCGGAGGCGGCCGAGCAACCGCAGGCGGAUCUCGGCUCAACGAUCAACGCUUUGGUUUCCGAGACUCCGCCCAACGUAGCCCUAACGCGUACUGGUUUCCAUCACCUAUAUCAUCCGACGAAUCAAAUGGGUUCAAAUUAUGGUACAAAUAAAAUUCAGCCACCACAACAAAAUCCGAUGCUCAGUCGGCAACUUUGUGGUGGAGGCGCCGGUAACGCGGGUGGUUACGCGGCGGCACUCCACACGCCCGUGGCCCCGCAGCCUUAUCACCGUGCGCCGCGCCCGCUGCACGUGGGCGGCUACUAUGAGGAGGGAGAGGCGGGCGCGGGCGCUUACUGCGGCGAGUUUGCGCGCCGCGUGCCGCAUCCAGCGCACACGCCGCACCCGCCGCACCCGCCGCACCCGCCGCACCCGCCGCAUCCACCGCAUCCGCCGCACACCCCGCAUCCCUCGCAUAACUCGCAUCCUUCGCCGCACAGCCAUCAGCUCUCAUGUGGUGUCGGCGGGGUGAGUGGCAUGGGCGGCGUCGGCGGCGUGGGCGGUGGUGGUGCGACGGGUGCAGUCGGCGGCGGCACGUCGGAGUACGUGCGCAACGAGCUGCGCGCAGUGGUAGGCGCACGCUCAGCUCGCCCCGACAUGCACACGAUGCACGCACCCGAUCUCGACCCACUGCUCAACUUCGACAUGUCCGCGCCUGGUGGCGGCGGUGUGGUGGGGGGCCGCGGCGCCUCGGCGACGGCGAACUCGUGGGAGUCGCAACAGAGCACGCCGAGUACUACGGAGGAGGGCUCGGCGGCGGCGGGGUCGGCGGCGGGGGCGGCGGGCGGUGAUGAGGCGGGCGCAGCGGGGGUUGCGGGGGCGGCGGGGACGCCGGGCGCGCCCGCUAAGGCUUCGCUGCUGCAGAAGCUGCUGUCGCAGUGACCGCGGCCCGGGCCCGACUUUGCAUUUAUCCCGCCCGAGACUUCCCCGGCUGCGGGUUCGCGAGCGCUACCUCUGCGGAUGUAAAUCUCACUCGCUCCGUGAGUGACGUAGUACACGUAUUUAUAGAGCGUCUCUAUGUGGAUAGUAGUACGAUAGUCUAGUAGUGCUAGUGAUAUUUUCGAGUAAUUGGAGAUCGACGAUCGAUCGUAUGUAUCCUUUGGGUUCUUUGAGAACUCUGUUUUUCAUACGAGUCGUAGAUAUAUGUAUCUAUGUAUAGUUUUUAAGGUGUUCCGAUAAGGAGUACGACGGUAGCUUCCUGUAAGGGAAUAAAAAAUAUGUGAUUCGCUAUAUGAUUGGCGCAUACGCCUAGUUUACAUACGUUAUAUACAAUAGAGACAUACCGCGUGCAAUAUUGUAUAGAAAUAAACAUUUUUUUUUGCGUUGUGAACGUUCUGUAUUAUAGUGUGAAAGUCAGAUGUUACCUGUUAUGACAAAGUUAAGUUGUAAUGUAGUAUUCGAUGGGGCGUAUGUAUGUAUUUUAACCCGGCGCUAUAGUCAUCGCCAGUAAACACAAAAUAUAUGUAAUUUUAAGAGAAAUGCUUUAAGCAUAUUUUCACAUAUUUCAAAAUUAUUUUUCGGAAAUAAUAUUCAAAUGUGAUUUAAUUUUUUUUAUCAUAUUCAUCUGUCGGCCACUUCGAGGAGUAUAGAGUCGGGUUACUAAAUAUUAUGUAAAUAACGUGUUGUUAAAUUAUAGCAAUUACUUUGUGUAAAUAUUUUGUUAAAUUUAUCAUUGUGUUUCUUUUAUGGUACAUUAGUUUUUCUUGUAAUAUUAAAAAACAUUUAUUGAUUUUAUUAAAGUUUUUUUAUAACUUUACUUUAAUUUUACAAAAUAAUUUUAUCUUUAUUUUAUUUGCCUGUAUGGUAAUUUUACUUCGGUUUACGUUUGAACCCCUAAUGAAAUUAAUUUGAGGCAGUCGUUCGCCUUCCUUGACAUCAAUGUUAAUGAUGUGCCCUUAUGAUAUUUGCUAAAAAUUUUGUUAGCACAAGCUAUCUAUUUUAAUUAUCAAAUCUUCUGAAAAAAGUCUUGAUUUCGAAAUCAAAUUAAAUCUAUUCAUAGAUUUUUGAAAUACUCAAUCCAAUAUCAAUCCGAACAAAAUUAAGUUUAAAUUUUUGAAGUUAUUGGCUAAUGCUAGUUUAUUGAAUGCAAUCACUUAAAUAAAAGAACAUCAGUAUGUAUUGAACAACCUAUAUAAUCUUAGCCACAGAACCAAUGCCAAUACUAUUAAAAUUUUGAUAUUUUGGUACAUUUACACAUAAUUAUAUUCCCAAGUUUUGUUUUAUUUCGUUAUUUCAUUAUUAUCAUUGUGAUAUUAUGUAAACAUUAUUUUAUUUAAAUUUUAUUUUGUACUAUAUUUUCUCUAUAAAAUAAUAACUAAGUAUGAACUACGAGGCGAAAAAGCCUAUAGACGGUAGUUGUAUGUUUCGUUGUUUAUAAAUGUUUCAAUCAUAUUAUGUAUGCUCAAUUGAUGUUAAUAAAUAUCGAAUGAAAUGUUCACUUAUAAUGUACGUCUUCGCAAGUUUUAAGAUUGCUAUUUACAGGUUUAUUAAAUUUUGCAAAAAUUGCAUCGAUUGCUAUUGAUAGGUACGAUCAGGUAAUGAAUUUAUUUAAUAAUAAAUAAUAUGGAAUGCGAGUAUGUUAAGAAAAUGUUGCUGUAUUUAAGAGCAAGGGAGCAGUGAAUUGUAGUCCCAAAAUUUAGUGUUUGAAGAUAUGGCUUAGGUGUUUUCAACAAAAAAUUAAAGAAGACCUAAACACUGAAGACAGCUGGCCACCAGUUUUGCAACAAUGUAAACGGUAGGCCAAAGCCGGAUGUCUAUCAAUUAUUCGCAUAGUCAUUGAAGGUCGGCGGCCUUUCUGCAACGAUGCAAAGCGACUCCCAAGCCGCAAGUUUCGUUACAUUUAAGGUCGCGCCUGUCAGUUCCGACGCUGCCAAAGGUUUUCUUUUUCAAUUUAAGUCUUCUGUAAACAUCGUCACAUAAAUGUGUGUGUAACAAAGAAUAAAAGUUGUCGCGACGGGUAUAAAUAAGUAAAUAUAAAAAUAACUUUUUAAAUUAAUAUUUUUAUACUAUAGUGCAAAGCUAGAUCGAUGUUUUAAGCAAAAAUUAAUAGUAGAAACAGAUUGGAAACGCCCCACCCCACGCCACGCCAAACGUGUCACGUCCAGUCAAUACUAAAAUUAUGAAUGCCUAAAAACACAUUACCAACAUAAGAUGUGUCGUUAGGCUUCCUCUGGCCACCCGAUUUUGGUCAUGCCAAUAGGCUGGUUGACCAUCUUGGUAAUGUUUAACCCGGUCGUUGGUAAAACAAUUUGAUAUAAUGCGAUAUCGUUUCCCCACUCAAAUCCCCUUUCUUAAGACGGGGUAUUGUGGGUAGCUGCUUUCAUUCCCGGAUUUAUAUACUUUUCGCUAUGCAAAACGUGCAUAAAACUGUUAUAUACUUUAGUACUUUCAAUUUAGGAUGGGCAUUGACUGGGGUGGGGUGGCCUAGCGUUGGGUGUUGUGCAAUUAACGUCGACACGUCGCGUCGGAUGGGGUGUUGGAUUUGUUUCUUUUUACGGUAUGUCCAAUUUUUAAGUAUGUUGUAAUUACAAAAACGACAACGAAUAAACGAAGCAUGGGUAAGGCAUUUUGUAAAGAUGUUAAUGCGCUACUCUGCAGGCACAUUGUCAACGCUAUCAAGAUUCGUUAGUCUUCAAAAAAGCGCAUGAAGUGCGUGAGACCAAUGCAAACUCUGCCCAAGUUAUAUAAGUACAUAACAAAAAUAGCGCUCAUGAUUCGAUCUUCAUAUUAUUAUAUUAGAAGUUUCACAAAAAUAAUAAAAUGAAUUCUACGCAAAAUUGAAAAGGCAUGGAUUAAUAUUUUUGUUAAUAAUAAGUCUAAUUAAAAAAAAACUUCGCGUGGUGUUGCCAUUAAUUUCGAAGCAGUAUGAAUGUGCUAAUAUAAUCUCAAAUUUAAAUUAGGUGUUAAGGUAAGUCUGUGGUCUCGACUCAGUGUUUUUGGAGAAAAUAUUAAUAACCUCAAUGUUAUACGUCGUUUAAUUAACUUCUAGCUUUAUAAAAAACUUUGUGCACCAAAUUAUUGGCAUUUAUAUCUGCAAAAUCAACGUUUUUUGAAUAAUAACUUAUUAAGACGGUAAAAUUUAAUUACUGACCGUUUUAUAACUUUGAAUAACCUCUUUCGCAAUGUCAAAAUUAAUUUUAAUAGUUUUCUUCUAAAUUAUAGGAAUCAAUAUAUAUUUUAUGUUGGUUUUAUUACUUUAAUUGAUAGGUAAAAUUAAUUGCGACUUUGUGGAAGAGCCUAAAUCGCACAAUAUUUUGAUGUUUAAAUUCUAUGUGUAAAAUUUAUAAUAGUUAUAAAUUAUGAAUGUGUAAGUGAGGUCGUGCGAUCUGGAUACGUAGUUUAAGUGAUAACUCAUCGAUUAGACCUGUUGCUUUCGGGACCACAAAGCAUUGAAGUUUACCGACACCCUGUUGAAUAUUUAUAAUGACGUUAAACAGUCGCUUAUUAUUAAAAAACGAGUACCACAAUGAUAAAUCAUAAAAUAUAUUCAUAUAGGUAUGUUAUAAAACAAGCAACUGCUGUUAAUUGUUCGUGAUGUAGACAGCCCUUAGUUCCAUCUUCAUGAUUUAGCUCGCCGUCUAAUAUAUAAAAUACUUACAUUAUACGAAUCAUUGUGUGAUCAGUCGCAAUUCAUAGAUAAUGCGCUCUUAAUCAGUAGCUUAUCUGAACAAAGAACAACUCUUACAUACUUUAUUAAAAUUUUAUAGUCAUUAUUCAUAAGCUAUUCCAUCAGCAAACUUUCAGACUUUUGAACUCGAGUUUGCCAAUAUUGAGAAUGAUGGUUGAUUCUCAUAAGUUUCAAUACUAUAUCAGAUUAAAAUUAACUUAAUGUUUUUCGUGUUAAAGCUGAAGUUUCAGUAACAGCUAUGAAAUACAAUAUCAGUAUAUCAGUACCAUAACAAGUGUGGCUUUAAAACAUUAGUUUAAAUUUACUGUGAUGUUGUAUCGGAACUCAAAAAAUAAGACAACGUUGUAUUCAGACUUGAAACAAGGUUACCUGCUGUUAAAUAAUAAGUUUUCGUUUCGUUAUGGCUUGUAAAAGUUGAUUAAGGGCAAUUACUUAAAUUUUCUGUUUGGUACUUAACUGAAACUGACUGUGUCCUUAUGGUCGACGCGUAAAAUUAUGUUGUUUCGUAAUUUCCUCAUUUACAUCAUUAUUUGGUUUUUAUAUACAAAUAAUUCGUCCCGUUUAGGACAGAUCUCUAACGAAAUAAAUGUUUUGACUUGGACGACACCGAAGUACAUAGACAACAUUUUCCUUCUACAUUAAAAAUGAUAUAGAUACCAACCGUAGUUAUAGCGUGUAAAUGUAUAUUGUGAUGUUAUAAUAACCUACCCAAACAACGUACAAAUAAAUAUGUAGGUGUAUCCGUAAAAUUAUAAAUAAUGGAAAUUGAAACGAUUAAAUAUUAAUAUUUUUAUACCCUAAAGUUACAUAACUGAUGUCUUAUAGACGACUGGCCAAUACAAUCUAUGACUCGUGAAAAUAAAACCAUCUUUUUAACAGUAAUAAUAGUGAGAAGAAGCUUUACAGUAUCCGAAAAAAAAACUAGCUAUAUACCACUUCAUUCCAUUAAGAAGGUUACGAGGAGACAAGAGGUGCCGGAGUGUCCGACUAGCGAAUACCGAUUCCGCAAAGUACAAGUAAUGGCCUUGUUAGGUACACGGCAACAUAAAACAAAUAGUUGAGAAUUAGUGAUUAUGUAUCAUAUUGAAAAUAUUGGAAGCAUAUUUAUUGGAUUGUUAGAUUGAAGAGCAUUUGAUGCCGUCACAUAGUUUUUGACGUCCCGCAGCGGAUGAAAUGUACCCGAAGAAGGCUAUAUUUUUUACAGUUUUAUAUAGUGUACAAAGGAAUAAAAAGACUCGUUUUUUCUAUAACACGUCCAUAGUACGGGUUAAAAAGAAAUUGGUUUUCCGAAAUAACUCUGUAAAAUGCGAAGCAGUAACGACGCAUGUGUGCCUGAUAUUAAAAAUAGAAAAUAUUUUUCAGUACCAUCUUUAUAAAGAGACUAUGUAAUUAUAUGUAAUAGAAAUAACAUACGAUUAAUAAAUUAAUAGUUAUAAAAGAUUGAUAACUUUCAUAAUGGGAAUCUAUUGUUUCUGUUGUAAUUGUUACUGGCUAAACUUUGUAAGGAACUAUCUGUUGUCCUAUAAAUUUUUCACUGCGAACACGGCAGCGAAUUAAGAUCGAUUAAACUUCAUAUAAAUGCACCGCCAUUACUAGUAAUGUUUAUCUAUAAAUUGGGUAACCAAUUUAUAUAAUUUUAUAAGAUUACAUUGUUGAUAAAAUAAGAAUGAAGUUUGGAAAAUGCCUAAGAACCUAAAGGGAACCUGGAAAAGGCAGUAAUGUGUAGAAUCUGGUCUUAGAAUCAAUUACGCCUGCAUGUAUGUCAGUAGAAAGUUUUUUCUAUGUUUAAUAGUAAUUGAGGGUUCAUAUAUGUCAAACUAAGUUAUAAGGCAGUACCUUUGUAAUGGCAUACUUAAAUGUUGUUAUCUGGUUUUAGGACCAUUAUCUGGUCCUCCUUUAUUGGUGAAUUUUAGUCUUCCAAAGAAAGUAAUUAUUUUUUGUGCCCAACGAUGUUGUAAUUUUUAUAUCAAUAAUACCUUCCACUUACCAAAAGUCAGCAUGAUCUUCAUUUUAGGUAUAUAUUUGAUAAAUAAAUAAAUCAAUAAAUAGAUAUCGUCACGUUAAUCGAUGUUCGUAUGUCAAUUUCGUUAUUUUAAUUAUUAUAAUUAUAUCUCAAGUCAUAUAUAGGGUCUCGUUUUAACACCAAUACUUUAAUAUAACGAUUGAUAAAGAAAAUAAUCAACGAAAAAUAUUCCUAAUAAAAAAUAAACAUAUUUUGAUAAAUGGACAUUAAAUUGUUGAAUUGGGCUUAUCGAAUAUAAUAAUAUUACUCAUACGCAAUUCAUCUAUAUUAUAUAGAACUCUUAGAAUAAUGCAAACAUCUCGGUGUAAUGGUUAAUACCUCAUUUUAAUGUUCGUAACAUUAAGGUCGUAUUUGAUAUUAAAACUAAAAAGCUUAAAUAAAAAUCUUUAAAAUAUCAACCCUCAUUAAAGUUUCUUUUUUUUAAAGUACGGUUUUUAUAUAUUUUAUAUUAGGCUGCUAUUCGGAUAUAUUAUUGUAAGGUUUAUGGUAAUUUCAGAACUAUUAGACAUUAUAUUGAGUAAAUCAUAUGUAAGAACUUGAUAAAAUUUUAAAUAAUGAUGUUUGGUCAGAUGAUUGGAAAUGUUAUGUAUAAUUUGAAAUAUUAUGUAAGAUGAUCAAAGUAAUCAUUAUUUUUGCAAUAAGAAAUUUCAGUUCCGUAUCACAGAGUAAAAAAAGGGACAACAAAAUAAUAGGGUCCAAUGUUUCCAUCCAAUGCUGCAGCAAGUUUACGAGUUGGACUGUUAUAGGAAUGUGAUAAUAAUAUGUCAAGGUUUAUUUAUUACAGUCUACUUACUCUGUGACCAGGGACUUAAAAGUAUGAAAAUAUUGUCAAAAUUAAUCGAUGAAACAUUGAUGGGUACGGGAAUCUUUGUUUCAAAGAGAAAACAUAAUUAGUAUACCAACAAAAAAAAAAUCCAUUUUUAUAACUUGAUAAAUUUUGUUCUAUAUAUUUAAAAUAUAAUAUUAUGCUGAAAUAGUUUUAUGUGAUUCCUCUGUAGAUGAUAACGUGUGAUAAUAUAUUUAUAGUAAGAUGACAGUUGCUAACACAACGAGGUAAUUAUACUCCCGUACAAAAUUGAUUUUAUUUUUUUGUAUAAAAUCGUGCCUCUUGUCUUGGCCUGUCGUCUGCGAGCAGGGGUAUUGUGUAUAUUUUUAGAGGUAAAAUUCAGUUUUGAAGGGCGUUAUUGAACCUAAUUAUGUUUUUUCUAAAAACGAUUAAGCGUUUUGGCCAGCGGCAGAAAGGAUUAUCGCUAGAGUUUAUUUCUACUAUUGUAAUUUUAAAAGCGAAUGUGUUUGACACAUCGUUACGGGUGGGUAAUGAUUUUCAGCUUUAAGAACUAAGUAUAUAAUACCCCAGUCUUGAACAGACUCAAACUUCGUUUAAUGUUGAAUAGAACUAACCUAGUCUUAUCGUAAGCCGUAAUCUUUUUUGCGGAUGGCCGUUAAGUCUGUGUUAUUAAGUUCUUCAAAUGUUAGAUUAGAGCUCUUUUGUGUUGAUGUGCAUUUCUAAGCAUUGUAUGUAUGUAUGUUUAUAUGUUGUAAAUAGCUAAACAUAUAUUUUUACGACUAGAAUACACAACCAAAGUUGUUAUAAAAAUAUGGUUGAUUAAAUGAUAAAAUUGAUAUAGGUCGUUAUGUUUAUAUUUUAGUGGACAUUCAACUGUCACCGCAGUUGUAUGGGUACACCGAUGUCUCGUCAAAGCCUUUUUACAUAACCGCCCUGAUAUUAGAAAAAACGAAUUUAUUGUUUGAGGUAUGGAAUUCGAAUAAUUCAAAACAGAUAAAAUUAAGCUGUAAACUUAUAGUAGUAUGAGUAGCUUACUGUUUUU